AUGAGUGGAAAGAGAUAUACUAAUAGUUAUAAUAGUAGUAAUAAUAAUAAUAAUGAAAAUAGUAGUAGCAGCUAUCAAAGAGGUAGUAGUACUUCAGGAUAUAUAACAUCUACUAAUAAGAGUAACAAUGUAAAUGAUAGUCUAAAUAAUAAUGGAUAUAAUAGUAGUGCAGGUAUAUUUGGUACACCUAUUGAAAAGAGUAAAGAUGAUUCAUCAUUAAAUAGUGCCAGUAGCAGUAGUAAAUCAAAGUAUUUACCAAUAUACAAACAAGAGGUUAAAGAUGAAAAAGGUAGAAAACGAUUCCAUGGUGCUUUCACUGGUGGAUUCUCUGCUGGUUUCUUUAACACCGUUGGGUCAAAGGAAGGUUUCACUCCGUCUACAUUCAAAUCUACCAGCCGUGAUAAAGCUAAUAUCAAACAAUUUACUGUACAUGAUUUUAUGGAUGAAGAAGAUAUAAGUAAUAUGACAAAAGAAAUAAAGACAAAACCAGAGUAUGAUAUAUUCGAAGGUACAUCUGCAUUGUUUAAGACAAAGAGUGAACAGAAUGAAUCAACUACAAAUACAUCAUCUGUUGCAACGAGUAUGUCACAAAGUUUAUUCGAGGGUGUAUUCAAGGAUAUUGUUGAACCAACAAAAGAUCCAAUUGGUUUGAGACUGCUAAAGAAGAUGGGAUGGAGAGAAGGUCAGACUCGUGUAAUAAAGAAGAUCUACAAGAAGAAGAAUCAACCAAAAGUGAAACUGCCGCCCAAGAAGAAGAUACAAACAACAACCAUCAUCGAUAAUGAUAGUAUGAUAUUUGGUAGUGACAAACAAGCAGAAGAGAAUGAAGAAGAGGAAAAUGAGGAGGAGGAGGAGGAAGAAGAAGAUCAAUUGGUACAUGUAGAAUAUGGAAAGGAAUACCCAAAGAUAAUCGAGUAUCAACCAAAGAACGAUUCAUAUGGUGUUGGUUUUCAGAUCACCGAUGAAAUGAGACAGAUGAGAGGUGAUAAUAAUAAUAGUAGCAUUGGUGGUGGUGGUAAUAUAGUUACAUUUGGAGGUGAUAGAUCUAAUAAUAUAGAUUCGGAUAUCUAUGAUACAGAUUCAAAGGAUCAAUAUGAUAGUUAUUUAGGUGGAAGGAGAAUACAAAGACAACAGCAACAGCAACAGCAGCAGUCACAAGUAUUGGAGUUUUUGAAACCAGAAGAUAGUUCAGCUAAUCUUAGAAGAUGUUCAGACGGUUCUGUUCCACUGAGGAAUUUCAUUGUGGCGUCACACACCUCUUUGGAAAUCAAGUGGUUCAAACCACCGAAAGUACCUGACAACUUCAACGUGCUACACAAGUACGACAAACCACUGGACCGUUCCAUCAUUGAACGACCUAUCUAUACAGUAAACAUCAACCCAACAAAACGAUCGGAAAUACUACAAGAGAAACAACUUGCAACUACAAAACCAAAGUUAAUUCAACAACAAUCUAAACAACCAAAUUUAAGUUCAUAUUUACAACAAUCUUAUGGAGUUAAUAACAAUAGUAAUAAUAAUAAUAAUAACAAUAGUAAUGCAAUUCAAAAUGAUGCUUUGAAAUCAUUACAACAAUCACUUGCAAGUAGAUUUGAAUCGGUUGAUGAUUACAAGUCUAGACCGAAACAAGAUAGUUUACAACAACAACAACAGCAAAAGACUGUAAAACAAAAGAGAGUAACUAGCGAUUGGUUCCCAGCGAGACUGUUGUGUCGUCGUUUCAAUAUAGAGAAUCCAUAUAAAGAUAGAGAGAAAGAGAUAGAGCAACAGCAACAAUUGGCCAAGAAGAAAGAUGUCGAUUGGAUAUCAAAGUUGAAUUUACAGAUAGAGUUUCCAUCGGGUGAUAUUAACAAUGCUGACGAUAUCGGUGGUGAUAUCAAUGGCGAUGGCAAUAGCAACGACGACAUCGAUAACGAAAACGAUAAUGACUACGAACCAGAUAUCAAUUCAAACUCGUCCGUCGAUACAAACAAUCCAGUUAUGGAAUUGAAAUACACUGAAGAGAAGAGACCACCAUUGGAUCUAUUCAAAUCAAUAUUUGAAAGUGACCAACUAGUCGACGACCAAACUGAAUCUGAAUAUGAUCCUUUCUCAUCAUUAUUGUCGAAUGAACCAGAAACUACAACUACCAUUAACAACAAUUAUAAUAACAAUAAUAAUAAUAACAACAAGAAAACCAACAUUAAUAAUAAUAAUAAUAGAAAUAAUAAUGAUAUAGGAUUACUACCUAUUAAUACAGAUUCUUUGCAGCAACAACACGAUAAUAGUAAUAAUAAUGAUGAAGAAGAUGAUGAUAGUGAUCCAUUUGCGUCAUUCUUAAAACAAGCUCAAAAAGAUUCAUCAAACACGCAAAUGAAACCGAUGACAACACCUUCUUCAAAUGCUCAUAAUAAUAAUAAUAAUAAUAAUAAUGUAACACAGGCAGUACAAUUCCCGCUACCACCUCCAGCUUUACCAACAACACCACCUACUACACAAAAAGAUAAUAGUUUACCUGAUAGUGGUGAACCACCACCUACCUAUUAUAAAGUAUUAGAUAUCAAACCAUAUCAUUUACAACAACAAUCAUCUUCAACAAAAACAACAAUACCAGAACCAAAUAAGAAAACAAAUGAAAGAGAUACACAAUCAAAUAAGAGAUCAGCAUCAUCGACAUUCACAGCACCAAAGUCAUCAAAGAAAGACAAUGAUCAACAAAAAUACAAAGAAAACGAAAAGUGGGUUGAGAAUAUCAAAUCAUAUCUAUCACAGUUUAGCGAUAGCUCUGAUAGCGAUAGUUCUAACAGUGACAGUAGUAGCGAUACAGAGCGAAGAGAAAGAAAAAGAAGAAGAAAAGAAAAAAAGAAAGAAAAGAAAGAGAGAAAACGUGAAAAGAAAGAAAAGAAAGAGAAAAAGAGGGAAAGAGAAAAAGAUAGAGAAAAAAGAAAAGAAAGAUAG